AUGUUACCGUACAGCUCGUAUGCCGCUGCGAUACAGCAGAUACAAAGUCUAAACCACGAUUUGGCACUGUUCAGUCAGCACGGCGCUCGGUACCUGCAGCACCCUGAGCACAGCGCGGCUACCCUGGGUAAUUCGUACUUUGGAUUGAACAAUUGGUCAUUGCCAUUUUCGUUCCUGAAAUCCGUCCAUCGACCGGAAAAGCCACCCUUUUCCUACAUCGCUCUCAUUGCAAUGGCGAUCAGCAGUGCGCCGAACCAGCGGUUAACGCUCAGUGGCAUCUACAAGUACAUUAUGGACAACUUCCCGUACUAUCGCGAAAAUCGCCAGGGCUGGCAAAACUCCAUCCGGCACAAUCUCUCGCUGAACGACUGUUUCAUUAAGGUGCCGCGGGACAAGACUGGUACCGGCGGUAAAAACCAGCAGGCAGACGAUUCAUCGUCUACCGGUGAUGCUGGUGGUGGCGGUACCGGAGCAGGUGGUAAAGGCAGCUACUGGAUGCUAGACCCAUCGGCCAACGAUAUGUUUGAGCAGGGCAAUUACCGGCGCCGACGUACCCGCCGACAGCGCAACGCCAAAUUGAUCCUGAACGGCCACUUUCAGGGUUCUCCGUUUGCUUUGGCCUUUCCACCGAGCGGUCCGUCGGUGGGAGAUUUUAUGAGUACGUCGACGGUUCCGCACCUGCCGCACGGAACCAUCGGUGGCAAUAGACGAAACGAGGGCACCACCGAUCUUCAUCAUCUGAUAGUGCGAAAUGAUUUGAUACAACCGUCGGCCGAACUGGUGGAUCCGGGUGUGCUUUUGCUUGGUUCCGGUUGCUACCAUCACCAAUCUGCCUAUGUCCACGGGGCAUCAUCAACAUCAUCAGCAGCGCUACUGUCCGGGCUGGUAGGUGAUGCCGCAUCUUCCCCCGGCGCAACUUCAUUAGCCGAUAAGAACGUUCGGGACGAAGGAAAACCGGGUGGCAGUUGGACUCCUCCGGGAUGUCACAUCAAGCGCUGCGUUGACGAAAAGACUCCCACGGGAGACAGAGAUGAAGUUAACGAAGAAUUCACGGAAUACCCAUCGAACGGGACACUUUCCGAGGGGGAGUACGAAAAUGAACUUAGCGCAUUAAAUCCUGCCGGCGAGCGUCAUCCUUCAGUGCAACGCACACGAAGCAGGAAAAGUGAUAAUUGCUUAGACCAACAACAGUUCCCUGCGUCGGUACGCUUGACGGCUCACUCUCUGGACGCUUUUCUUCUCGGCGAGCUGAGUGGUUUGCGUGUACGGGGCUGUGAGCUAACGUCACCGUUUUCGUACACCAACGCCCCCAUUGUCACCAGCCCCGAUGGGCAAAGUUCCAACUCGGGCGAGAUGUACGGAACGGUCAGUCCGGAUCAAACGGGAUUUACUUCACCCUGUGACGGUUUGUGUACACCUGAAAGCGCAUCGAAACUGACACUUCCGAUGCCGGCAGGAGUCAGCGGUGAGAUCUGUACCUUCGUACCGUCGGCAUACACAUCAUCAUCCGCAGCACGGCCCGAGUCCUGCAGGCCGGGCGUUACGAAGGGUCCCAGUGCAAACAAUCCACGCCAGCCGGCGUCUGUCCGUCAGCGCGAAAGCCCGAAAGUUGGAUCACCGGUUGCAGCGAUGGAGCGGUUCGUACUAGGCACGAAAGUCGGUGGCUUAAAGUCGAGCAAUUUCACCAUCGAAAGUAUUAUGCGAAGGGACUAA